UACAAGUUCUGCCUCAGCAGCUGAAGGAUCCUCACUCUGAACAGAUGACUGUGCCUCUCCCUGAGCAGAGAGACAGAAAGGAAGAUCUCUGAGAGAUUCAAACCUUUAAUAUUCCCACAUUCACCUUCUGUUGCAAGGCCAGCCCUAGCGGUGCCAGGCAUGCAUGGCUAGUGUCUGCAGCUUCCCCGACUGAAAUCACUGCCACUGCAGCUUUAUCUAACCAAAAGCACUCUUCAUGGGCAUUCUCUGAAUCCAGCAGAAUCUAACUGACACCACUUGGGAUCUCCAUACUGUGUCAUCAAAACCUCAUGGUCAAAACUAGACCACCAGUAGGACAAAUGUCUUCAGUGGUUGCUCCAGCUAAAGAAUCAAAUACAAUGGGCCCUAAGGAGGUGGAGCUCAUCCUUGUUAAAGAGCAGAAUGGAGUUCAGUUCACUAAUUCUGCACUUGUUAGUCCAUCCCAGAUUAACACUGAAAAUGGAGAAAGAGAAACAUGGAGCAAGAAGAUUGACUUUCUCCUGUCUGUUAUUGGAUUUGCUGUGGAUUUAGCCAAUGUGUGGAGGUUUCCAUAUCUUUGUUACAAAAAUGGUGGAGGUGCAUUUCUGGUCCCCUACAUAUUUUUCAUGGUUAUUGCUGGCAUGCCCCUAUUUUACAUGGAGCUAGCCCUUGGACAGUUCAACAGAGAAGGAGCUGCUGGAGUGUGGAAAAUAUGCCCUAUAUUUAAAGGGGUUGGAUAUACGGUCAUUUUGAUAUCUUUAUAUGUUGGCUUUUUUUAUAAUGUAAUCAUUGCAUGGGCUCUGCAGUAUCUAUUUUCCUCCUUUACCUCGGAAUUACCUUGGAUUCACUGUAACAAUUCAUGGAACAGUCCCAACUGUUCUGAGACAAAAUAUAGCAACUUCAGUGACUACAGCUUAUUUGGCUUGAAUGAUACUUAUAAAGUCACACCUGCUGCUGAAUACUUUGAACGGGGUGUUCUGCAUCUACAUGAAAGCCAAGGGAUCCACGAUUUAGGCUCACCUCGCUGGAAACUGACAUCUUGUCUUAUUGUUGUGAUCGUGUUUCUUUACUUCAGCUUAUGGAAGGGAGUUAAAACAUCUGGAAAAGUAGUUUGGAUAACAGCCACAAUGCCUUAUGUGGUCCUAACAGCACUUCUUCUUCGUGGUGUAACUCUUCCUGGAGCAAUCGAUGGCAUUAAAGCAUAUCUCAGUGUAGACUUUUUAAGGCUUUGUGAAGCUUCAGUUUGGAUUGAUGCUGCAACGCAGAUCUGCUUCUCGCUUGGUGUUGGGUUUGGUGUGCUAAUUGCAUUUUCCAGUUACAACAAGUUUACAAACAACUGCUAUAGAGAUGCAAUUAUCACCACUUCUGUCAACUCCCUGACAAGUUUUUUCUCUGGCUUUGUCAUUUUCUCAUUUCUGGGAUACAUGGCACAAAAGCACAAUGUGCCUAUUGGUGAUGUAGCAAAAGAUGGACCUGGGCUAAUAUUUAUUAUAUAUCCUGAAGCUAUUGCUACUCUUCCAUUAUCUUCAGUUUGGUCUGUUAUAUUUUUUAUUAUGCUUCUCACACUUGGGAUUGACAGUGCAAUGGGUGGAAUGGAAUCAGUCAUCACUGGCCUCAUUGAUGAAUUUAAAUUUCUACGUAGACAUCGGGAGCUGUUUACCCUUUUUAUUGUUCUGUGCACCUUUUUCACAUCAUUAUCCUGUGUAACCAAUGGUGGAAUUUAUGUUUUCACAUUACUGGACCAUUUCGCAGCUGGCACAUCUAUACUUUUUGGAGUGCUCAUAGAAGCAAUAGGAAUUGCGUGGUUUUAUGGUGUUGGGAGGUUCAGUGAUGACAUUGAGGAAAUGAUUGGAAAAAGACCAGGGCUGUAUUGGAGGUUGUGCUGGAAGUUUGUUAGUCCUUGCUUUCUCUUGUUUGUAGUUGUAGUAAGUAUAGUAACUUACAGAUCUCCAAAGUAUGGAAACUACACAUUCCCUGAAUGGGCAAAUGUUAUUGGUUGGCUGGUUGCCAUUUCAUCUAUGGCCAUGGUGCCCCUUUAUGCCAUCUAUAAAUUUUCUAGCCUUCAUGGAUCCUUUCGUGAGAAAAUUGCUUAUGCUAUAACACCUGAAAAAGAAUAUGAACUCAUUGAAAGUGGAAAAAUUCGUCAGUUUACUCUCCACCACUGGCUAAAAGUAUAAAAUGCUAUAUAUGGUGUGACAGAAGAACAUGGUUGAAGUAGAAGAGUCGCCUAGAAAGAAUUGAGGAAAGAUAAAGUUUUUGAAGACACUAUGGGAUGAUGUUUGCUGCUGUGAAGAGAAGAUGGAAUGUUCACAUGGUUCUGGGUUAAGAGAUAGGUAUCGUGCCCAUCGUGUUUUGGUGAACGUAGUUUACUCGGUUAUUUUGGUACACUACUCUAGUUUUCUCAACCUGAGCACCCAGCUUUUUAUGGGUAAAUACAAAUAUAAUCUAUGAUAAUGAGCUAAACCUUGCACAGUAACAAUGUAUGAUGACUGUUAACAUAAUCAUAUUGCUCCAAAACAGUGUUAUUUUUUCACAAAAUCAAUUAAUACUAAAACUUUUAAGAUAUUACACAUAUAGAAAAGCUAUAACUGAGCAAACUGGAGCAUAUGUAGAUGAACAAACGUUUUAAAAUAUGACAUUUAAGUAUAGUGAUAUAGAAUCGCUUAACAACUAGUUAUGGUAACUGGCUGAAAGCUGAUGUAUUAACUUCAUGUGGUAAAGUUCCAUUGUUGUUUUCAAGCUGUGUGUUUUCUUGUGUACUGUAUGUAAAUCCUGCAUAUCAAAAAUGCCAUUAACAGUGUCUUUCCAAUCAAAAAAUCCUUCAUGUAGAGCAAAUAAUGAUUUUAUUAUAUCUUUAAUAUUAAAUAACAGCAUUUUAGGGUAUCACUAAAACACUAGAUCAUUCAUGUUUAAAAAGUAAUCUGUAUGAAUUAAAAAGCACUGUAAAAUAAAUAUUACACAAUAAAAAUUACACUAAAAAGUAAAAACUUUACCCAAAUGUUAUGCUUCCUUAAUAUAACAUGAUUACCAGAUGUUUCUUUUUCAAUACUCAGUUUUAUCCUAAACUUCAUAAAAAAAUAUUUAUUGCAUAAAGCUAUAAAAUGAACUUGGACAUUGCACACAAUCAAGCUAUGAUGCAUAUAUAAAAAAUGACAGUGGAUACUGACAGGAUUCUGUAAAUUCUGCAUUGCCAUUCCCAGGACCUGAUAUUCUGAAGAUGGCAACCUGAAAAUAAAACCCUUGAUUUAUACAUGA